AUACACCUUUCACGUAAUAUCGUACUUUAGAUCUAAGUGAUGACUCAUUUUUUUUUAUAAAACUGCGGUCAAUGUGAAGAAGGACAACUGUAACGUUUUUAAAUGUCGUGACAAUCACGUUCUCGUUGGACGAGAUGGAUAAUAAUCAAUUGAAAGAAUUCUUUGAUUGAUUGAGCAAUGUAAAAAGUAUUUAUCUCAAAUUGUUUUUGUUUAUAAAAAAAUGAGAAUGAAGUGUUACUAAUUUUGAAUUUAGGCUAAGAUGCGAGUACAUGUAUGUACAGACAUAAGUACAACAUAUAGGAAUCUUGUAACUGGUAACUUGAAAUCAACAAUAUUAAGUAAAGUUUUAUCAAACAAAUUAAAAAUAAUAAUAAAAAUAUAUAGGUUAAAAAAUUCUGGGUUAAAAAUAUUUAUCAUAAACAUUUUUUUAAACAAACAAAAUCUUACUUUUAUUUUCUAGGGCUUCAUUUUGUUGAGAUAUGAGAUAAAUGUGAUAAUUUAAAAGUGUCUGAGAUUUAUACUGCACGUAUUAAUUCCGUCACAUUAUACUUAUUGUAUUAGUUUUGUUUUGACAAGAGUAAAGCAAAUUAGAGUCAUCAUGCAGCUGCUAUACAAAAAUUUACUGUGUGUAGCAUCCUUCCUCCUUUGUUUUCAUUUUGCACAUAGUAUUGACAUCCUCGAAUGCGGUUCAUAUUGGACAUAUGAAAAUGUGACAAUAGAGAACUGUAGUGAUGAGGAUACUUCGUGCCCUUUAACAAUUGGGACCAAUACUUCGAUUUCAUUCGUUUUGAAUACCGGUAAGAGAAACGACGGACUCAUUGAUAUUAGUGGUAAUAUCAUCAACGAUGUUGCUUUCUACAUUAACGGCAAUAUGAAAUUCGCCUUGUCUGUGACACCUGACGAUCCGUGUGAUAUUUUGAAAUGUCCACUUGAAAUUAACUACAAAGCAGUAUUUUCUGCUCAAAUUUUCGUUAGUCCACAGUAUCCACCAUUGUCUGCUCGUGUGAAGUGGAUUAUGAAAACUGAAAAAGAUGAUCAGCUUAUGUGCUUUUCGUUUCCAGUCACAUUGUAUCCCGAGGACUCCAAAAUGAUUGCGUAACCAUAUGAAUAUUAAUAUGUUAUUUAUUUUUCUAUUUAUGUGUGUUUUAUAAUUAUAAUAUUAUUAAUAUUUACUAAAAGUCA